AUGGCGGCGGCAGAACAUGUAAUCCUCAAGGAUGAAAUGGCAGUGGAACUCCCGUCCCUGCCUCCAAAUCAGGGCCUUGAGGCCUUCAAGGACAUAAUCUUUGGAUCGACUGCAGGCAUUGCGGGCAAGUUCAUCGAGUAUCCCUUCGAUACGAUCAAGGUGCGGCUACAGUCGCAGCCAGACCACCUCCCCCUACGAUAUAGCGGGCCUCUGGAUUGCUUCCGGCAGUCGUUCCAGGCAGAGGGCAUUCGAGGUCUCUACCGAGGCAUUAGUGCUCCUCUCGCGGGGGCUGCCAUCGAGAAUAGCAGUCUGUUCUUCAGCUACCGCAUUGCGCAGGAGGCUCUUCAGGCUGCCAUCUAUUCACCUACGGAGCCGCUGCCAUUCUCCGCUCUCUUACUCUGCGGUGCCGCGUCCGGUGCUUUUACAUCGAUACUCCUCACGCCCGUUGAGCUCAUCAAGUGCAAGAUGCAGGUCCCUGUCUCGGCCGGUCAGAAGCCUCCAGGUCCACUGGCCCUGAUCGUGUCGGUCUUCCGCCAUUCGGGCUUGUUUGGAUUCUGGCGGGGCCAACUGGGAACAUUGAUCCGCGAAACGGGUGGUUCUGCCGCUUGGUUCGGUAGCUACGAAGGCGUGUCUGCUUUUUUCCGAGGCUAUUCUGCUUCGCCCACAGCGGAUGGUAGUGUAUCAGACUCGCCUCCGCUCCCGAUCUACCAGCAGAUGCUGGCUGGAGCUGCGGCUGGAAUCAGUUAUAAUUUCCUCUUCUACCCAGCGGAUACCAUCAAAUCACGGAUGCAGACAGAGGACGUCUCACGGUUGAGUCUAGACUCUCGACGACCAACCUUCUUCAGCGUCGGGAAGAGCAUCUGGCAACAGCAUGGCCUGAAGGGGCUGUACCGCGGUUGCGGCAUCACCGUGGGACGCUCUGCACCCAGCUCUGCCUUUAUCUUCUCCAUCUACGAAUGCUUACGACACUAUUUCGAACAGGAUAUCUUUAAAGGAUUCUGUUCCCAAACAACUCUCCCCUCGUAUUAUUUACUUGCUUUUUCUCAGACGGGACAGAUCACCACCAAUCGCAGGACAUCGAUUUUUAAACCUUCAACAAUGUCAACUUCUCCAUUAACCGCCUCUGAGCUGGAGAUCCUCUCCACCAAAGCCAUUGCGGCUAAGGCCACUGCCUACUGCCCCUACUCCAAAUUCCGCGUGGGGGCAUGCAUACUCACGCAGAGUGGUGAAUGCAUCACCGGCGCCAACGUCGAGAAUGCUUCUUAUCCUGUUGGGACGUGCGCGGAGAGAGUGGCUUUUGGAACGGCUAUUGUAGCGGGCCAUAAGGACUUCAAGGCCAUUGCUGUCGCGACGGAUAUCAAGCCCGGCGCGUCGCCGUGUGGGAUGUGUAGACAAUUCAUGCGCGAAUUUACAACCCCUUCUUUCCCCGUGUACAUGUACGAUGGGGAUGGGAAUCACACCGUCGUGACAAUGGGAGAGCUUCUUCCGGGUUCGUUUGGGCCUAAUGAUCUGCUGUCUCGAAGUGAGCAGGACAAAUAAAGAAAUGGAUGAUCAUGUCUCGGAUUAUACUGGCGAUUGAUGAGCUUCUGAAGUCGGAAAGAGGACUUGUUUCAGUAUUUAUAUAAGUAGGAGUCUUGAGGUGGGGGAGUUUAGAGGAGAUGCGUUGAAGUUCGUGAUAAUGGAGAAGUGUUUCUGGAGAUAGAUAUAUAGCUGUCUAUUCUUUGUGCUGGAUUUCUCUGUAGCUAGUAACCGA